AUGCUAGCGGAGAGAAGAGAGAUGCUUCACUCCGCUGCCAUGACAACAGGACUUAUCUUUGUCACCUGGCUCUUGUAUACCAGUGCAAGGGGCAAUCUCAUUGUGUCUGUGCCAGAGGGUGGGGAAAAAGAGCGUUUGGAGCGUGUUUUGACCCAGGCCAAAGAAGGUCCGCUGAGCCCCAGCGCUAAGCAGCGUCUGGAGGAGCUUAGUAAUCUGGAACUGGAUGUUAUCAAAGGGGGCAACAGAUCCAGCACUAGUAGGACUCGACCUAAUUUGAGCUCCUUGAGACGUGGUUUCAAAGUGCAAGGAAAGUCCCUAGAAGCUUGGGGCGAGCAAGAAUCACUCAAGCAAACCGAAGAGGCUCCCACAGAAGAGGCGAACAUCUCCCUGGAUGCGAUUGAUGAGUAUGCUUACCCUGAUUAUAGGGGUAAGGGCUGCAUGGAUGAGACAGGUUUUGUGUUCGCCAUCGGGGAGAAAUUUACCCCGGGACCGUCCACCUGUCCCUGCUUAUGCACAGAUGAAGGUCCUCUGUGCGCCCAGCCUGAAUGUCCAAAACUUCACCCCCGUUGCCUGCGCGUCGACACGAGCCAGUGCUGCCCACAGUGCAAAGAGAAGAAAAACUACUGUGAAUUUCGAGGAAAGAUCUACUCAUCUCUGGAAGAGUUUAAGGUGUCUCGGUGUGAGAAGUGCCGCUGUGAGCCCAGUGGAGAGGUUUUGUGUUCUGUGUCAGCUUGCCCACAGACAGAGUGUGUUGAUCCAGAAUACGAGCCUGACCAGUGCUGCCCUGUAUGUAAGAGCGGGCCAAACUGCUAUGCGGACACGGCGGUGAUCCCAGCUGGCCGAGAGGUUAAAAUCGACGAAUGCACCAUCUGCUACUGCACGUACGAGGAGGGCACCUGGCGUAUCGAGCAGCAGGCCACCUGCAGUAAAAACGAGUGCCAGCCGAGCUAAGGUGGUGAUGGGGGCAUCGCUUCAUGCACAGCCUUCACUCAGACAGCUGUGGAUCAGGACCAUCCAUCCCAGCUGUGGUCUGUAUCGGCUCAGCACGGCAGCUGCGAGGCUCACACGCAGCCAGGACACCAGCACCGUGUGGAGUUGCUUCAGCUCAUGACUAUAUGAACUCAGAGUGUCCAAUAGCAUGCAGCGGAUGGGCCAAUUAACCUGGGAACGGGGCCAAGGGCCAGAGUGCAAAAUGCGACAUUCCUAACGCUGUGGUGGAGCCUCUGAGUUUGGCAUAGCAUCAUGACGAGUGAUGAGAUUCAUUAGAAUUACAUAUAUAGUCUUUGAGAUUUGUAACCCAUAUAAAGGAUAUUUAUUUAUGUAUGUAUGUGCUGGUUCGAUGAUUACGAUUGGAUUCAAAUAUCUGAUUUACAGUAAAAAAAUUAUAUUUUUUAUAGCAACUGUAUUUUGAUAUGCUGUUACGUUUCAUACUGGGUCAGACUUUUAUGCAUCUUAUUAGAAUGUAUAACGCACCUACAGCUGCCAAUGUGUCUGUCAGGAAUUUUUAUUUUUUGUCAAAGUCAAGAUGACAAGUUGCAGUCGGGAAUCGCACACAGCAUCUAAUACAACGCCUUUUCAGAAUAGACAACAAAACAGAAUGAAUUUGGUGUCUAAGGAAACCUUAAAAAAAGCUGCUUGCAGAUGUUUGCAUUUAUGUAAAGUCUCUAUUGUGCUCUUAACUGAGGUCUGUUUUGCUAGGAAGUGUUCAUAUGUGUAUGUGUUUUCAUGUUCCAAAUAAAU